AUGGCUGUCGGCGCGUUCCUGGAGCCCUUCGUGGUCGUCUCGCUUCUGUUUGGCGGUGCCUGGUUCAACAGGAACAAAGAUUAUGACUUUUGGAAGGGGGCACAAGGCUGGGCUGGCGGCAGUACCAGCCACAAACGACGAGAUGACUUUGGAAAAAGGCGAACGUCGACAGAUAGCGGCAGCCCUACUUGGAGCUCUGGGUCGUCGUCACCCACUCUCUCAUCUGAGGACGAGUCGUCUUGGUCUCCCACAUCUCGGCGGCGAAACAUUCGGGUUUUCGGAUUCAAGAAGACCGUUACAACCCCGAACACUCUCAUCUUCAAGGAUCGAUUCCUGAGCCGAGUACUCCAAAAGUUUCCUUUCCUCGUUGAAGCGUGGUAUUGGGCUCUCAUCUAUUGGGUAUACCAACUGGGCCGAGCGUUUACUGCGGUCACCAUUGUCGAGGGAACCGUCCAUGUCGCGCGAAAGCAUGCCCUUAGGCUAGUUCAUCUAGAGCAACGCCUCGGGAUCUUCUGGGAAGUGGCCUUUCAACAAUGGUUUUUGGAGCGCCCUGUUCUGCUGCAUUGGAUAAAUCGGGUAUACUCCUUUAUCCAUAUUCCUGGAACAAUCUUCUUCCUGGUAGCCUUAUUCUAUCUCACUACCUCUCAGAAGCGUCGAGGAACGAGCGGUAGAGCCCGAAGCGAUAUCAUAUCCGCUGGACCUGCUUUGUAUGAAGCUAGGCGUCGAACAAUGGCCAUGUGCAACCUCAUUGCAUUUGUCGUCUUCACUUUGUGGCCUUGCAUGCCCCCUCGGCUGUUGAGUGAUCCUAACUAUAACGGACCCGACGCUGCGGAGGCGAAGAGCUUCGGAUUUGUUGACAGUGUUCACAGCAACGCGGGGGAGAGCAGCGUUUGGACAACGAACCGAUUCUGCAAUCAAUAUGCUGCCAUGCCCUCUUUGCACUUUGGCUACUCUCUCCUCGUUGGCUUGACAGUUGCCACUCUCCCCGUCAAUGGAGUUCGACCCAACUCCUGGAAGCGCGUGGCCAUCGGUGUUCUGGGCAUGUCUUACCCGGCGCUCAUCUUCACGGCCAUUGUUGCAACCGCCAACCACUUCAUCUUGGACGCUGUUGCCGGCGCGAUGGUUUGCGGCAUUGCUUGGAACGCGAAUGGCCUGCUGUUGAACCUGUGUGUUCUCGAGGACUAUUUCCUGUGGGUUGUGCGGAUUCACAAGCCCGUCAACUACACCGAUCCCGAGACUGCAGUCGAGCCGGAGUAUCACUCGAUGCUGCUAUCAGAAGAUGUUUAA